AUUUUUUGUUUGUGGUGGUAGCUGUUAGUAUUUUACGAAUACAAACUGUGUUGUAAUUGAUUUGGUAUUUUUUACGUUUAUAUCUGUAAGACAAAGAUCUGUGUAGUUUUCCCAUUUGGUGAUUUGCAGUAACUAUAGCUAUAUCUGUAUAGACUAGUUAACUAUAUUAUCAGCUGUUUUAGGUAUGCCACUUCACGCCACUUUGUAGCUAGCUAGUUAUUAAGGUUGCAGACGUUAGCCUUUUCUUUAUCUUCACUUGGCUAAUUUUAGUUUCGUGUUCGGGUCAGGUUAACGCUACAUGUUUUGGUUUUGGUCAAGUUGGUUGAGGAAGCAGAAAAUUGUGCCGCCAACGUUCGCUGGAUUGUCAACGUUAACGUUUCCUAGAUGUAACGUGUAGAAUCGGCUUUGUUACGAUAUAACGAUAAGCUUUUCAAUCAGUAUUUCCAUUUAAAGUAGCUGAUUUGCUUGUUAAUACUUUCUGUGACUUCACACGGGACGCAUGUAUGCAUGCACGAAGUUACGCAUUAUUUGAUCUUCAUAUAUUUCGAGCAUUGUGGUUUAGUAAUUUCGUGUCGAGUUGGGUGGAUUCAGUAGUAAGGGAUAUUGUAGAUACUUGUACCUUAAUGCUGAAAGAAUGCUCGUCACAUUUAUCCUGUGCAGCCUUUUUCUGGCUGUUCACGGGCAAGUGGAUGAGGAUGAAUGGAUCGACCCCACUGACAUGUUGAACUACGAUGCUUCGACAAAAACAAUGAGGAAAACCGAGCAAAGCCAUGCCAAUGGCCCCACAAAAAGGAGGGAGUACAUGCUGGAUUCAAGUCAGAAGCCUUCUUGCCCGGACAUUACCGAGUACAGUAAUAAAGUCGCCAGUCUACAGAGAGAGAUUCAAGAACUUGAAAAGAGGAUUGCAUCAGCAUCCCAAAAGCCUGCUAUUCACCCAGUUUUUAAACGAUUCCUUGCCAAGCUCAUGAAGUUAAUUAAAAAUCUGAGUCUUCCCAAAGAACUGCAUAGUGAUGUCCAUUACGAUGCAGAAGUGAGGCUAUCUCGACACGCUGUAGCUGAAAUUCAGAAGAUUAUAGAUGAGGACGAUAGCUUGAGAACAGGGGCCUUGGAUGAUGCCCUGAGCAAGAUACUGGUCAAUUUCAAACAACAUGAUUAUGAGGCCUGGAAGUGGCGAUUUGAGGACACUUUUGGUGUGGAGAUUGGCACUGUUCUGCAGGUCUGUGCCUGCGUAUUAAUCAUAGUGCUGAUAAUAUGUGGUGAGCUGUGGUCAUCAGUAUCUUGGUUUGUCCAGUUCAGGCGAGUCUUUGCCAUCUGCUUCUUCGUCAGUAUUGUCUGGAACUGGUUCUAUCUGUACAAGAUAGCCUUUGCUGAGCAUCAAACCAAUAUUGUAAAAUUUGAAAGUGUCAAUGAGAAGUGUACUGGAGUGAAGAAGAUUGACUGGAAGGAUAACUUGAAGGAAUGGUUCAGAAGCACCUGGACUCUACAAGAUGACCCUUGUAAGAAAUACUAUGAGGUCCUUAUGGUGAACCCAAUUUUACUGGUUCCUCCAACUAAGGCAAUUUCUGUCACCAUUACCACUUUCAUUACGGAGCCACUGAAGCAUCUGGGGCAGGGAAUCAGUGAGUUCCUCAGAGCUCUCCUCAAGGACCUGCCAGUCACACUACAGAUCCCUGUCCUUUUGACUAUUGUUCUGUCCAUCUUGGUCUUCAUGUAUGGAAGUGCCCAGGCGGCAAUCCAACAUAUCAUCCCCAGACCAUGGGGCGGUCGCCAGGACCCACCCCCAGCUCUUGUUGCACAGAAUCCGGUCCCACAGCUGAGGGAGGCACCUCCAGAUCAACCAGCCGGGGGUGAUGCACCCCGUCAGGCUGUACUCCCAAGAAGACAGGGGGAGCAGAGAGCCCCUGUACGCCAGAGGAGGCAGAACAGGCGCAGGGAGGACCAGGCCCCAGUGUUCGUAGAGACCUUGCGUCAAGCUGACCAACCCUUCAGCGAGGACGAGAUUGACGCAGAGCAGCAAGAGGAUCACUCUGAGAUGGAGGACCAUGAACUGCCAACAGGAGGUGCUGUUCUUGAGGAAGAGGAGGAGAAUGUAGUGACUGAAAAUGAAAAUCCAUCUGGUGACUCGCAGUGUAAUUCGAACAAGGACAGCUUGAAAUCCGAAAAUCCAAGUGGCAAUAGCAAGUCUGCUCAGCCAAAAGGGGAGGACCCCUCACGGAAUUCCCAGAGACCAAGGGUGCCGGAUGGUUUGUCAGAAGAGAAGACCACAUCUGUCACUCAGGAACGUGUAGAAAAUAUUGGAUCACCGAUACAGGAAACUGCUUUUCAAUCUUAAUAGCCACAAACCAUUGCUCCAAUUUUUAUGUACUGUACAUACAGAGUAACCUUCGGAUUGUCCCUGUCACCAUGCAGCCUCAUUUUGGGCUGCUGAUUUUCUGUUUAUAAUCUGUCAUUAUGUUAAUUAAAACAAAUAAUAAUG